GUUUAAAGCCAUCCUCUUCAAGUAUUUGCCACACAGAUACUCUCACACUGAAACUCAUUCUGCAUGUCAACCAUGGCGGCCGCCACCUCCAAUGCCCCAACCUCCUCCUUCCUCACCAAGACCUCUACUUUCCCUUCUUCCUCCUCCUCCUCUUCCAAACCCAUUCUCAGAUUCUUACUCCCUUUCUCCUCCUCUCCCCAAAACCCCUCUCUCCUCCGCCGCCCCCUCCACCUCACCAAUAGCUCCCUCCCUCGCCGAAACCCUCCUUCCGCCGUAACAACCCCCGCCCCCACCAUUUCCUCCGAGCCCGAAACCUUCGUUUCCCGAUUCGGUCCAGACGAGCCUCGGAAAGGAGCUGAUGUCCUCGUCGAAGCCCUCGAGCGCGAAGGUGUUACCGACGUCUUCGCUUACCCCGGUGGUGCUUCCAUGGAGAUCCACCAGGCUCUCACCAGGUCUAGCAGCAUUCGAAAUGUCCUCCCGCGCCACGAGCAAGGUGGUGUCUUUGCGGCUGAGGGCUACGCUCGCUCCUCUGGUCUUCCCGGUGUGUGUAUCGCGACCUCCGGCCCCGGCGCGACCAACUUGGUUAGUGGCCUCGCCGACGCGCUCCUUGAUAGUGUUCCUUUAGUCGCCAUUACUGGACAAGUCCCCAGGAGGAUGAUCGGUACUGAUGCGUUUCAGGAAACCCCCAUUGUUGAGGUAACUAGAUCUAUUACCAAGCAUAAUUACCUUGUUCUUGAUGUGGAAGACAUUCCUAGGGUGGUUAAAGAAGCCUUCUUUUUAGCUAAAUCGGGUCGACCCGGUCCGGUUUUGAUUGAUGUACCAAAAGAUAUACAACAACAGCUUGUGGUUCCCAAUUGGGACCAACCUAUGAAGCUACCUGGGUACUUAGCUAGGUUGCCCAAGCUCCCUAAUGAGGCUCAUUUGGAGCAGAUUGUUAGGCUGAUUUCUGAGUCAAAGAAGCCAGUUUUGUAUGUUGGUGGUGGGUGUUUGAACUCGAGUGAGGAGUUGAAGCGGUUUGUGGAGCUCACUAAGAUUCCAGUUGCUAGUACUUUAAUGGGUCUUGGAGCUCACCCUCUUUCUGAUGAAUUGUCUCUUCAAAUGCUUGGAAUGCAUGGUACUGUGUAUGCUAAUUAUGCAGUUGAUAAGGCUGAUUUGUUGCUUGCUUUUGGAGUUAGGUUUGAUGAUCGUGUGACAGGGAAGCUUGAGGCAUUUGCUAGCCGAGCUAAGAUAGUUCAUAUUGAUAUUGAUUCAGCUGAGAUUGGAAAGAAUAAACAGCCCCAUAUAUCUGUUUGUGGAGAUGUUAAACCUGCCUUGGAUGGAAUGAAUCAGAUACUUGAGAAGAACAAAUCAAAACUUAAGCUCAACUUCUUUGCUUGGACACAAGAGUUGGAUGAUCAAAAACAAAAACACCCUUUGACUUUCAAGACUUUUGGGGAAGCAAUUCCACCUCAGUAUGCUAUUAAGGUUCUUGAUGAGCUGACUGGUGGGAAAGCAAUCAUAAGCACUGGUGUUGGUCAACAUCAAAUGUGGGCAGCUCAGUUUUACAAGUACAACAGACCUCGUCAAUGGCUGACAUCAGGUGGACUAGGAGCUAUGGGUUUUGGCUUGCCUGCAGCCAUUGGAGCUGCUGUUGCAAACCCGGAUUCAAUCGUUGUUGACAUCGACGGUGAUGGGAGUUUUAUCAUGAAUGUUCAGGAGUUGGCAACCAUCCGGGUGGAGAAUCUUCCUGUCAAGAUACUCCUCCUGAACAAUCAGCACUUGGGCAUGGUUGUUCAGUGGGAGGAUCGGUUCUACAAGGCUAACAGAGCUCACACGUACCUUGGGGACCCGUCUAAAGAAACUGAGAUAUUCCCCAACAUGUUGAAGUUUGCUGAUGCUUGUGGCAUACCAGCCGCACGUGUGACAAAGAAGGAAGAGCUUAGAGGAGCCAUUCAGAAGAUGUUGGACACGCCUGGCCCGUAUCUGCUGGAUGUAAUAGUUCCUCAUCAAGAACAUGUCCUGCCUAUGAUCCCUAGUGGUGGAGCUUUCAAAGAUGUGAUUACCGAAGGAGAUGGGAGAACAAAGUACUAGAGAUAUCAAAGGACUAGCAGUUAUGUUUUUUCCUUACUUUCUAUGUACAUUUUUGUUCUCUUUUCUAAUCAGGCCCCGCUCAAAGCUGUGCCGGAGCUUUUAGUUUAUGGAUUAGAGCUAGUAGUUUUCUUUGUUUUUGCAGGCAACAUGAUGUACUUUCUAAUAUCUAUUAACAUAAAAGUGUGGUGGAGACUUUAUCAAACUAGGAUGUAUUUCAAUUUUCUGGUAGCAUCCUUGUAAUACUAUUAAAUGCCUGUCUUUCUUCAAUAAUAUAUAUAUAUAUAUGUGGUAUGCUAGGGAUUAUAUUCAAUCUCAAGCUUUAAGUUUUCUAA